CUCCUCAGCCUUUCUCGACUCUUGACGGCUGCAGCACGACUCCCUCUCAAAAGCCCGUAGACAUGUCGACAAGGAAGAUGGAGCGAGGCGGCCACGUCAACAUCGCCAUGAUAGAAGACAUCUGCGGCAAUGGCUCGGCGGGGUCAAAGGUCGCCACCAUCACUGAGCCGGCCAAGCAGCCGUGCGGCUCAACCGUGAGCUUCCACGACAUCCGCUACAAAGUGCACAUGAAGGGCGGCUUCCUCGGCAAAAACGCUUCAAGUCCUCGCCAGAUACUGAUGGACCUCAACGGCAUCAUGAGGCCGGGCCUGAACGCAAUUCUUGGGCCAACCGGCAGCGGGAAAUCAUCUUUCUUGGAUAUUCUCGCUGCGAGGAAGGAUCCCUCUGGUCUCUCGGGAGAAGUUUUAAUCGACGGAGCGCCACAACCGCCAAACUUCAAGUGCCUUUCGGGAUACGUAGUUCAGGAGGACGUGGUUAUGGGUACGCUAACGGUGAGGGAGAAUCUACGUUUCUCGGCAGCCUUGCGUCUACCCAACUAUGUGUCGGAGAGCGAAAAAGAGGCCCGUGUCAAUCACCUCAUCGCAGAACUGAGCCUCUCUAAGGUGGCCGACUGCAAGGUGGGCACUCAGUUGACUCGAGGGAUCUCAGGAGGCGAAAGGAAGCGGACCAACAUCGGAAUGGAGCUCAUCAUCGAUCCUCCCGUUCUGUUCCUGGACGAGCCCACCACAGGCCUGGACGCUAGCACGGCUAACUCUGUCUUGCUGCUGCUCCGAAGGAUGGCCAACCAAGGGAGAACCAUCAUCAUGUCCAUCCAUCAGCCUCGCUACUCCAUCUACAGGCUUUUUGACUCGCUCACCUUGCUGGUUGGUGGCAAGAUGGUGUACCAUGGACCGGCGCCAAACGCUUUGGAUUACUUCGCCAAUAUUGGAUAUUCUUGUGAACCCCACAACAACCCGGCUGACUUCUUCCUGGAUGUGAUCAGUGGAGACUUCACCAUCAGCAGCAUGUCCAAAGUCAACAUUUCUGAAGAUUUGGACUUUGAGGAGCUGAGCAGCUGCAGGCAGAGUAUGGAGGAGCGGCUGGUGGAGGAGUACAAGAACAGCAGCUACUGCAGCGACACGCGCAGCCAGCUGGAGCGCAUUGUGCAGGACAAGCAUUGCUCCUCGCGGCCCAAAUCCCGCACCGUCACCUAUAACAGCUCGUUUUGCCACCAGCUGCGUUGGGUGCUUCACAGAACCUUCCAGAACCUUAUGUUGAACCCACAAACAUCCGUGGCACAGGUGGGGGUCCACAUUUUCCUAGCUCUCAUUGUGGGGGCCAUUUUCUUCAGGGUCAAAGACGAUCAGAGUGGCAUCCAGAACAGAAUGGGGGCGCUCUUCUUCAUCACCACCAACCAGUGUUUCAGCACAGUGUCGGCGGCCGAGCUCUUCAUCACUGAGCGGAAGCUGUUUGUGCACGAGUACAUCAGCGGCUACUACAGGGUGUCUGUCUACUUCCUGUCUAAGGUCUUGUCUGACAUCGUCCUACGCACAGUCACCUCGGUCAUCUUCAGCUGUGGUGUCUACUUUAUGAUUGGGCUCAAAUCCACAGUGGCCGCCUUUUCCGUCUUCACGCUAACAGUCACCCUGGUGGCCUACACAGCCACCGCCAUGACCAUGGCUAUCUCUGCUGACCAGACGGUGGUGGCGCUAGCCAACAUCUUCAUGACCAUCACUUUCGUCUUCAUGAUGAUCUUCUCUGGUCUCCUGGUCAACCUGCCGAGCAUUAUGGAUUGGCUGGCUUGGCUCAAGUACUUCAGUAUUCCUCGCUACGGCCUGGCGGCCUUGAAGAUCAACGAGUUUGUGGGUUUGAAAUUCUGCGAGGAGGCCGCUGCCAUCCUGAACCCCAACGUGUCCACCGUCACGACCAACUGCAGUGCGACGAGCACGGCUGGAUUGACAUGUACGGGAGAGCAGUACCUGGACUAUCUGGGAAUAGAGUACACCACCUUGGGCCUGUGGGAGAACCACGUGGCGUUAACUGUCAUGUUAUUGGCAUUCCUGCUCAUUUCCUAUCUUAAACUUCGCUACAUUAAGAAGUUCACUUAAAAAGUGAGCCAGAGCCUCUAACGGUCAACUUAGUGGGAAGAAUUUAGUGGGGAAUCGCACAAAAAGCUUGAAGCAGGUUUUGUUUUCAAAGUGGUUAUUUAAGCAUUUUCACUUUUGAUCCAUGAUGUUUUCAAAUUUGACUAAACUUUGUAUUGACUUCAAUAGUGAAUAUUUGCAAUUGUAGUGUAAAAUUUCAAUCCAGACCUUGUUUUUGUAUUGUUUCAAUUCGUACAAGUUUAUGUCCUUUAUAUUCUCCUAUAUAAACAUCAUUGUGAAACCUCAAA